UGGGGCAGCCCGAACUUGCGGCGGCUGCGGGCCGAGUCCGGUAGAGAGGACCCUAAUGAGUCCGCUCCCGAUCGGGGCUCAGUCUCGUCGCGCGGCUCCUGGCGGCGUGUGACUUGCCGGCCGCUGUAAGUGUUUGGGGGGCCGAGGCCCUGCCCCGCCCUCUGAGGCUGCGAAGAGGCUUCCCGCCUGGGUCAUUAUGAAGACCACAGAGCUUUCCUCGAAAGCAGCAUCUCUGCUGAAAGGCGCUGGUUCGAGGCCCUCGUCAGUCACAGCCAGGACGAGAGGCAGACCUGCCGCAGUCGCUUCGCAGUGCCUGUAGGACUUCGAGGGCCCGGAGCUGGGGUUCCUGAAUAGUACCCCGAUUUCCUCCUAUCGAGAACACAGUUCGCGUCCCUUUCCCUAACUCUGAUGUAAAAUAGAAAGGGGACCUUGGGAAGUCACCUUGCCUGUUUAGCCAUGAAGGCAGAGUCCGUGCCCCCAUUCCAGCAGACUCCAGUUGAGUCCAGCCCUAGCCUCUGUAAUCUCUUGAGUAGCUGGAAGCUGAUGGCUAUGGGGCUCUUGCUUGGCUGGCUCCUGAUUAUCCACCUUCUGAUCAAUUUCUGGCUUCUGUGCCUUCUAUCCGCAUUGCUAUUGGUGCUAGGGGGGUGGCUGGGUUCCAGUGCCAUUGAAGGGGCUUCAGGUCGCCUGCACCUGGAGCGCUUCAUCUCAGUGGCCCCCUGCCCUCCAUGCCCUGACGCGGAAAGGCAGCUGCAACAGGAGAUCAACUGCACCAUCAAGAUGAUUAUUCGGGAUUUCGUGUUAUCCUGGUAUCAUUCUGUGAGCCGGGAGCCAGCCUUCGAGAAUGAGCUGGAGUCAGCUAUGAAAGGGUUGGUCCAGGAGCUUCGGAGAAGGAUGAGCAUGGUAGAUAGUCAAGCUGUUGCCCAGAGUGUUCUGACUCUCUGUGGUUGUCACCUGCAAAGCUACAUUCAGGCAAAGAAGGCCACUGUAGGAAAGCAAAGUGGUCCAGUGGAGCCAUCCCGACUCUGGGAGGCUUACUGCCAGGCCACUGCCCCACAUCCAGCUGUGCACAGCCCCAGUGCUGAGGUCAGCUACACACGUAGCAUUGUGAAUCUGUUACUGCAGGAGCUAGUACCCAAGCCCCACUUGGAGACUCGGACUGGACGCCACGUAGUGGUUGAACUGAUUACUUGCAAUGUUAUCUUACCACUCAUCAGCAGGCUGUCAGAUCCUGACUGGAUCCACCUUAUAGUUGUAAGUGUCCUUUCCAAGGCCAGAAGUCCAACACAAGUGGCUAAGCCACUCUGCUCACCCAGUGCCCUGGAACAGCCUUCAGUGCCCACAUCUCUGCCACUGAUUGCUGAAGUGGAACAUCUGCCGGGAAGGAGACCCCCUUCCCCAGUAGCAGCCCCGGUGUACCCAAGCUGCAGUGAGCCAGAGGGGCCUUCAUGCCACUCCCCAGAGAUUGAAGAAGGCCAUGAAGCUGUAGAGGGAGAUAUGGGUGGACUGUCUGAAGAAAAAAGGGGAGUAAACAAUUCAUCUCAUUUCCUACAGCCCAAUAUUCGAGGUCCCUUAUUCUUAUGUGAAGACUCAGAGCUGGAGUCUCCACUCUCUGAACUGGGCAAAGAAACCAUCAUGCUCAUGACUCCAGGCAACUUCCUCUCUGACAGGAUUCAAGAUGCCCUGUGUGCCCUGGAGGGUUCCCAGGCUCUGGAGCCCAAGGAUGGAGAGGGAUCUGAAGGCAAUGAAGGAGCAGAAGCUGAAGAGGGUUCAAGGACAGAGACAGGCCUGCUGAACUCCUGCCCAGAGAUCCAGAUUGACACAGUGGACAAGGAAGUAGAGGAAGGAGAUGGUGCCUCUCUUACAGCUUUGCUGGAGGAGCCGGAAAAGACCUGCCCCCCACGACCUUCAUGCCUAGAGAAGGAUCUCACCAGUGAUGUGAGCACCCUUGAUCCUACUCUGCCACCGGUUCUGCUUUCCUCCUCUCCACCUGGUCCUCUUAGUUCAGCCACCUUCAGCUUUGAGCCCCUGAGCAGCCCAGAUGGUCCAGUUGUCAUACAGAACCUUCGAAUCACUGGCACCAUUACUGCCCGAGAGCACAGUGGCACUGGAUUCCACCCAUACACGCUCUACACCGUGAAGUACGAGACAGCCCUUGACGCUGAGAACAGCAGUGGUCUGCAGCAGCUGGCCUACCACACCGUGAAUCGCCGCUACCGCGAGUUCCUGAAUCUGCAGACCCGUCUGGAGGAGAAGCCGGAUCUGCGAAAGUUCAUCAAAAAUGUGAAGGGUCCUAAAAAGCUCUUUCCGGAUCUUCCAUUUGGAAACAUGGAUAGCGACAGGGUAGAAGCCCGUAAGAGCCUCCUGGAAUCAUUCUUAAAGCAACUCUGUGCCAUUCCUGAGAUCGCUAACAGUGAGGAGGUGCAGGAGUUCCUUGCUCUGAACACUGACGCUCGGAUUGCCUUUGUCAAGAAACCAUUCAUGGUCUCUAGAAUAGACAAGAUAGUGGUGAGUGCUAUCGUGGACACCCUGAAGACAGCAUUUCCUCGCUCAGAACCGCAGAGCCCUACCGAGGACCUGAGUGAGGCUGAGACGGAAAGCAAGCCCCAGACAGAAGGCAAGAAGGGCAGCAAGUCCAGACUGAGGUUCUCAUCCAGUAAAAUUGCUCCAGCAGUGAGUGCAACUGACGCGCACGGCAAGGUUCUCUACUGUGUCCAGGAAGGCAACGUGGAGUCAGGGAUCCUGUCUAUGUCUGGGAUGUUAUCCUUUAUUGAAAAACAGACAAAGUUACUGGAAAUGGAGCCAGCAGAACUCCCAGAAAAAGAUCCUGAACAAACGCCCAAAACAUGCAUGGACAGUUACCUGUCAGAUGCAACCAGACCAGCCCAAGACGUCCACAGCAGGGAUCUAGGAACAGAAACAGCGUUAGCCGACACAGCCCUGGAUCUGCUCUUCUUGCUGCUAAUGGAACAGUGGAAAUGGCUGUGCACUGAAAACAUGCAGAAAUUUCUGCGUCUUAUCUUUGGGACCCUGGUUCAGAGGGUAAGUGUGGAGCCCGGGAAACCUGUGACCAUAAAGGAAGAUAGAUUCUCUUCUAUGGAGAUGCAGGGAUGGAGGCUGCCUGAGACUGUCAGAAAGCUUUCCCUGACCACCUUGUUGUCUGCAGUCUGAAACUGUCUGGCUCUGUUCAUCUGCUGGCACAGCAGAGUCUGCACUGAGUUCCAGACGCUGCCUGUGACCCUGACGUCGUCCGUCCUUCAUGUUCCCAAGCCCCCCACUUUUCACCUGCUAUCACUGCA